AUGGCACAACAACAAUCUAUAGGACGGUUCUUCUCCGCCAAUGGAACAACUGCUCAAAAACUUGAGUCCAAACCCGCUUCUAGUAAUGCUGCUAAACGGUCUUUAACCCCAUCUUUAGAUUCAAGUCCCAAGAGAAGAGAGACUGUGGCUCCUACCGACGAUACUGAUCCUACCAGUGAGGAAGAUAGGCCUACUGAACCACAAAUGUCCACCAAAGAAGAAGUCGAAAAGUUAAUUGAACUUGGUGAGGUGGAGCACGCUCAUCACAAGAAUGAAAAGUUGAUGGCCACUCCAUCAUCUUCCAAAUUACCGUAUUCCAAGUUAACAUCGGUUUUCGAAGAAAUUGAAGCGGAAUCUGGAAGACUCAAAAUGAUCUCUAUCAUCUCUGAGUUUUAUCUUGAGGUCUUACAACAAUCAACGGUUGAUAAGUUGGUUAAGAUAGUGUAUUUGUCCAUCAAUAGAUUGGGUCCUGAUUAUGAGCCUGAUUUGGAACUAGGGUUGGGUGAAACUUUGCUUAUAAAAGCUAUCAGUGAAUGUUACGGUCGGGCAUCCAGUAAAAUUAAACAGGAUUAUAAAACUUUUGGUGAUUUGGGAUUGGUGGCUCAGCAGUCCAGGUCGGGCCAGCCUACCAUGUUCAAGCCUACUCCAUUGGAUGUUGAUUUAGUGUUUGACAGCUUGACCAAAAUUGCCAAGUCGACUGGAAAAGACUCUCAGAUGAAAAAGGUUGGACUCAUAAAUAAGCUCUUGACUGCUUGUGAAAGAAAAACCACUGAAGCCAAAUUCUUGAUCAGAUCAUUGGAAGGAAAGCUUAGAAUAGGAUUGGCAGAAAAAACCGUAUUAAUUGGAUUGGCCCAAGCCUUCACCAACUACGAGAAUCAUGCGAUGACACCCGAAAACAUAACUAAAGCUGAAGACAUAAUCAGAGAGUCGUUCUCGUUAAUACCUAACUAUGAGAUUAUAAUUAAAACUGCUUACGAACAUGGAAUUUUCAAUCUUUUGGACCAUAUACACUUGACCCCCGGUAUUCCAUUGAAGCCUAUGUUGGCGAAGCCUACUAAAUCCAUUUCUGAAGUGUUGGAUAGAUUUCAAGGAGAGGAGUUCACUUGUGAGUACAAAUAUGAUGGUGAGAGAGCACAAGUCCAUUUGUUAUCUGAUGGCUCGGUUAGAAUAUACUCUCGUAACUCUGAAGAUAUGUCCCAGAGAUACCCAGAUUUGAUUGCAAUUAUCAAAGACUUCAUUAAGGUUCAAGAAGAUAGUGAUGGAACUCCUAUAAAACUGUUGAUUUUAGAUUGUGAGGCAGUUGCUUGGGACAGACAGUUAAACAAGAUCUUGCCAUUCCAAGUCUUGUCUACGAGAAAGAGAAAAGAUGUCAAUGAAAAAGAUAUCAAAGUCCACAUCUGUUUAUUCGCCUUUGACAUAUUGUACUUAAAUGGGGAAUCUGUUGUCAACAAGACGUUGGCAGAGAGAAGAGAACUCAUGUAUGAGAAUUUGAAACCAAUCGAAGGGAAGUUUUGUUUUGCUACAUCUCGUAACUCAUCAAAUCUUGAUGAGUUGCAAAUAUUCUUGGACCAGUCCGUUAAAGACAGUUGCGAGGGAUUGAUGGUGAAGAUGUUAAAUUCAAAAGAGUCUUACUACGAGCCAUCAAAAAGAUCAAGAAAUUGGCUCAAAUUGAAGAAGGAUUACUUGGCUGGUGUUGGGGACUCUUUGGAUUUGGUCGUAGUUGGUGCCUAUAACGGCAGAGGUAAACGUACCGGUAAUUAUGGUGGAUUCCUUUUGGCAAGUUAUAAUGAUGAUACUGGUGAAUUCGAAACCACGUGCAAAAUCGGUACUGGGUUUUCGGAUGAAGACUUAACGAGUCUCUACAAUAGUUUGCAUCCUACUGAAAUCUCACAACCGAAAGGUUCCUACGUCUACGACCCCAGUGCGGUGCCUGAUGUUUGGUUCGAACCUACCACAUUGUUUGAGGUGUUAACAGCUGAUUUGUCAUUGAGUCCUAUUUACAAGGCUGGGCAUCAGGAAUUUACCAAGGGUAUUUCGUUGAGAUUUCCGAGAUUCUUGAGAAUCAGAGAAGACAAAGGUGUUGAAGAUGCUACUACGUCAGAACAAGUUAUCGAAUUCUACUCCAAGCAAGCUAGCGUUCAAUCUUAA